ACAGGGAUUUGCGAGGUGGAUGAUUUCAUACUUGAUUACUCAUCAUAAUGAAGUUAGCUUCGUUCAUACUUGGGUCAAUGUCACUCUUGAUCCAGCAAUAUGUCGAUAAAUAUCAGCAAGACGAUUUCCAUGAGACUUUAGACGAACUGCAACUGGAUCGUGGUUUACCCAGGAUAAGAAAUUAUGACUUUAUUGUGGUUGGAGGAGGAACGGCCGGAUGUGUAAUUGCUAGUAGACUCUCGGAAAAAUUCGACGUUCUUUUGCUCGAGACGGGUGGGUUUCCACCACCUCAAACGUACAAUCCUUACCUCAAUAAUUACGUAAACAGCCAUCCGGCAAUAAACUACUUUUUCAAAUCGGUCCCCCAAACAAACUUUUCAAUGGAAGAUGGUGGCAUAGUAGAAAGCGUUCCUGGUAAGAUGCUUGGAGGCAGUGGUUCUCACAAUGGAAAUGUCUACAAUCGUGGAUCUCCUCUGGACUAUGAUCACUUUGCCGAACUCACGGGAGACAAUUCCUGGGAAUAUAAAAAUAUCAUAAAGCAUUACAAAAAGAUUGAAAACUUUAAUGGGCAACUUUUUUCAGAACGAGAUCGGUCAGCUUACUAUGGGUCUGGAGGUCUACUUACAGUGGACACCGACACCCCAAGAAUUCUUCCUGCCUGGUUCAGAGCUGGAGAAGAAUUGGGGUACAAAAGCGGAGAUCCGAACGGAUAUCAGAACGAAGGUUUUACAACGAUGGCCAAAACAAUCAAGAAUGGCGAACGACAUUCCAGCUUUGCCGCAUUUAUAAAACCUUUCCUCUACAAACGAAAAUCCUUGCGAGUCAUGCCAUACUCAGAAGUUGAUCAAAUCCUGAUCAACUCUGACAACGUCGCUUACGGCGUGAGGUAUAAGCGUCACGGCAUCCCACAAAUUGCUCACGCAGCGAAAGAAAUUAUUCUGAGUGCUGGAACUUUUUCAUCCCCACUUCUUCUCAUGAAGUCGGGAGUUGGGCCAAGAAAUGUUUUGAAGGAGGCAGGAAUUCCUUUAAAAAGUGAACUCCCCGGAGUGGGACAAAACCUGAGAGAUCAUGGAGCAGUAAUCCUACGUUUUACUGCCAAUAAUCCCGAUCGCUAUUCUCUCCCAAGAAUUGAAGAGCACAAUGUUGAGAGAGAACUGAAAAGAUUUCACAGCUACAAACGACGUGGGUACUUUACACGAUUGGAUGUCGGGCCACAAGCGUUCAUUGUUUCGCCACAAGCUAAAGCCAAAGGAGAAUCAGAGUGGCCUGAUAUUCAACUCGUCUUUCAACAGUCACCACUUUUGGGGAAUGACGACGUACAAAAUCAAAAUCUGGCAAUGCAGGUUGUUCUAAAUAGACUGGAAUCAGUGGGUGAGAUAGGACUGAAUACAACAGCCUAUUUGGAGGGGGAGCGAGAUGACACCAAGUUGGCCCUUAUCGAUCACAGACUUUUUACUAAGCAGCAUGACAUGGAUUCAAUGCUUGCUGCGAUUAAACUUGGUCUCAAAAUCAUGGAGGAAACAAAGCAUUUCAAAGCCAUGAAUGUAACUUAUACGCACGACUCGCCAGACGCUUGCAUGAAAAUAGCUCCUCGGUCAGACGAGUACUGGAGGUGUCACAUUAGAGAAAGGGGCUGGUCCUGGCUGCAUGUUACUGGCACCUGCAAAAUGGGCAAAUUUUCGGAUCCCAUGUCUGUCGUGGAUUCUAAGCUAAGGGUGAAGGGAAUUGAAAAUUUGCGUGUGGUGGACGCAAGUAUUAUGCCACAACCUACGAAUGCAAAUACGGCAGCUCCUACGAUGAUGAUAGCUGAGAAGAUAUCUCAGGAGAUUUUUACUGAAUAUCUGAAGCAAACAACUGUAAAGUCAGUAAAUUGACACCCGUCAACCACAACACGUGUGUUCACAAGCCUUGUUUGACUUUAUGUAACAUUAGUUAUUCCGUACCUGCAACACUUUUAAAAUAAAAUUCCACAUGGGAAAUACUAUCAUUUCA